AUGCAGCUGUAUCUGCGACCGUUUCUACUCUUCUCGUGCCUCGUGUCGGCGCAGACCGGCCAGUCUGUGUACAAGAAACGCCUCACUGGGGAAGAUCUAGAUACCAGUCAACGCUGGUCGGUGGCCGGCACGGAUCUUGGGAUUCCCUAUGUGCUGGAGAACGGGGCCAUAGGGUUCCUCUUUGGCGACACCUUCAGCACACAAUGGCCCGAUGAUGGCCAGGGUUGGCGGUCUCCUAUCAUGCUGCGCUCAGCCAUCAACCCCGGCGAAAAAGACGGGAUAAUCUUCGACAGUGCUGCCGGCGUUGCUGGGGAUGGAUUCGCGCCGGAAAUCACCCACAAUGGCCACCAAGGAGACGACGGGGCCGGCACUUGGGAGUACACCGUUAUCCCGAACGAUGGGAUCGGGUUCAAUGAAACAGGGGAGCAGAUUGUCUCGUACAUGAGCAUCAAGGACUGGUCCAGUCCGUGGUCGACCAAUUAUGCUGGACUGGCGCAUUCUAAGGACGGAAACACCUUUACUCGGUUGGACACCAAGUGGCUCAAUGAUGGCAACAACGCCGACCCGUUCCAGAUGUGGACAAUGCAGCGCGAUGGUGACUGGGUCUACGUGUUCUCCGUGCGUGCUGGUCGCCAGUCGGGGCCCAUGAUGCUGCAACGAGUUCCCUGGGACAAGAUGGCACAGAAAGACGCAUAUGAGGGUUGGGGCUGGGAUGGCACGGACUGGCAAUGGGGACGGCCUUGUUCGCCUAUCUUAGAAGGGACGUUUGGAGAGCCUUCAGUACGCAAGCUGAAGGAUGGCACCUGGGCCAUGGUCUAUCUCAACCUUAGUCGCCCGAGCCCUACUAUUGUCUCUCGUACGGCGGCUGGACCGGACAAGCCAUGGUCCGACGAGACAGUGCAGGUCACCUGGGAGCAGGAGGAAUCUCUGUAUGGGGGUUUCAUCCAUCCCUGGUCGACCUCCAAGGAAAAUGAACUGUAUCUGAUGGUGUCCAAAUGGUCCAGGGACCCCGUAUCAAAGCAUUCUACCGCAUACCACGUUAGUCAAUAUGUCGGGACAUUGUGA